AUGACAAGCAACUCUAUAUUUGAUGUGAGAUGGUUCCAGGAAUUUCCGAGGUGUUACACGCUUGAUAUUCUCGGAGAUCGUCAAUCUGGUCAAGAUGUUCGCACUCAAAACAUUACUGCUUGUCAAUCUGUUUCGAAUAUCGUCAAGACUUCACUUGGUCCCGUUGGACUCGACAAGAUGUUGGUCGAUGACAUUGGGGAUGUAACCAUCACAAAUGAUGGUGCUACAAUUCUCAAGAUGUUAGACGUUGAGCAUCAAGCUGCCAAGGUUCUUGUUGAACUGGCCGAGCUCCAAGAUAGAGAAGUAGGAGAUGGCACUACUUCUGUCGUCAUUGUAGCAGCUGAAUUACUCAAGAGAGCAAAUGAUCUUGUGAAAAACAAGAUUCACCCAACAUCUGUAAUUAGCGGAUACAGACUUGCAAUGAGAGAAGCAUGCAAAUAUAUUGAAGAGAAGCUCGCGAUUAAGGUUGACAAGCUUGGAAAGGAUUCUCUUGUGAAUUGUGCAAAGACAAGAAUGUCUUCUAAAUUGUUAUCCGGUGACUCUGACUUUUUCGCAAAUCUGGUUUGA